AUGCAGCGCAGGCAAGCCAGCAAUGCCGAUGGGGGGAAAUGUCUCCGUGCCGCCCUACAAUCCUCUGGGUCAGCAGUCCUGCUUUCAGCAACAAGCGAACCAACAAGUGCAGAUGCUGCUGACCAAGGCCUCUGUCUCACGGUUUCAAUCGGCCUUUCGGGUUUGGGGAUUAACAUGCGUUGA